AAGCAAGCGAAAUGUAGAUGAACCUUGGCAUUCAAAGUUUUAUUCAUAUAAAAUAACCCAAUGUGGUUAGCUACCCAUCAGCGGCUUGUCCACAUUAUCUGGUGCAGCAUAUUCUCUCCUGAUGCUCUUGCCUUUAUCAAGCAGCCCCUGGGAGAUCAAAAGCCUUGGCGAAAAUGUAUGAAUGAUUCGUGGAAUUCAGUUGUGGCUAUAUGUUUAGUACAACGUGCUUCAGUUUAUGAUCUGGCGUUUUGUGUUUGUGACAUGGUUUGCUUAUGCUUGUGAUAUGGUAUGUUGAUAUUUGUUAUAUAGUGAGUUUAAUUCUGUGAGACGGUAUGCUUGUGUUGGUGACAUGGUGUAUUUAUGUUUUUGACAUGUGUUUUAAUGCUUGUGACAUGGUAUGUUUAUGUGCUAUAUUAGGUUCUAAACGACAGACAGAAAAAUUCAAGAAUUAUAUAUUUAAAAUGGUCUAUAUUAUUAGAUAAUAGACUCAAAAAGUUCUUUCCAAUUUAUAUGAAGAUAAAAAUUGCAAGCACAUACUUUUUCAACUCAUAAAAACAGGACAGGCCACUGCUAUAUUCCUCCCGUAACUGCGUAAACUAAAAGAGCCAUAUAUUUUAAAAUUCUGUUUAAAAACCCCAAAAAAUUGUUAUGUGUUGUUGAUUUAUAUCUUCUCUGACUACCUGCAUCAGAAAAGGCACUGAAAGAGUUGUGAGCCACGAGUAAAUCAUUCAUUAUUAAAACAAGCAAUUUUCCAUACUGAACUCUAUUGCAGCUCGCUCUUGCCACUAUUCAAAAUGGCGGAAGUAAACAAAUUUCCCUCACUCGGCAGUACGCAACAUGACCAGUCAUACGCGCAACAUUGGGUACCCCGUUUAGUUCUCAUGUCGGUUCUUUCGGUGUUUCGCGGUGAACAGUGGGUCCCACGGUUCUAGAGCCUAAGCAAAUUUGGCGGGCCUCGGUUCUCAUGUGGGUCAAACAAUUAGAAGCUCGAUCCAGUCUUUUAUAGAGGUACAUUUAUUUUCAAAAGGAGGCUGCUCAGGCUGCGUACAACGACGAUGAUGAUGGCUGCGAAACGUUUUCGGUGGCCUGCACAUGCUGCCGGAAAAAUCUCUGACAUCUAAUUAUUCAGGCUAAACAUAAACUCUCUCCGAAUACCGCUCUCGUGACUUUUCUCUUUUGGGCAACUUUUGGAGUAAAGAGCAGCUUUGGCAAAAAUGUAUUUAUACAACUUAACAUUGCAAAAGGCAUCAGCCAUCUAUUGUGCUGUUCAUGGGCAAUUUUCUGGGACCAAGUCACAAGAAAUUGUUGUCUCAAGAGGGAAAGUGUUGGAGAUACUUAGACCUGAUCCAAAUACUGGCAAAAUUCAUCCAUUAUAUUCAACUGAAGUUUUUGGAGUUGUGAGAGAUCUGAUGGCAUUUCAUUUAACUGGAGGCACUAAAGACUUUUUGGCUGUUGGCAGUGAUUCAGGAAGAAUGAUAAUACUGGAGUUUAAUCCAGCAAAAAAUUGUUUUGAAAAGAUUCAUCAGGAAACAUUUGGUAAAAGUGGCUGUAGACGGAUCGUGCCAGGGCAGUAUUUGGCAUGUGAUCCUAAAGGAAGAGCACUGAUGAUUGGUGCUUUAGAGAAGCAGAAAUUUGUAUAUAUUAUGAACAGAGAUGCGUCAGCUCGACUAACGAUAUCAUCGCCCCUUGAAGCCCACAAAGGACACAACGUUGUUUUCCACAUGGUUGGUGUUGAUGUUGGGUUUGAAAACCCAAUGUUUGCUUGUCUUGAGCUGGACUAUGAAGAAUCUGACAAUGAUCACACUGGGGAGGCAGCCCAGUCUGCCCAGCAAACAUUGACAUUUUAUGAACUGGAUCUUGGACUCAACCAUGUUGUCCGCAAGUUUAGUGAACCACUUGAGGAAUUUUCAAACCUUUUGAUAUCAGUUCCCGGUGGCAACGAUGGACCAAGUGGAGUUUUGAUAUGUUCAGAGAACUAUAUAACAUAUAAGAAUUUUGGGGAACAGCAAGACAUAAGGUGUCCCAUCCCAAGACGAAAGAAUGACCUGGAUGAUCCUGAAAGAAGCAUGAUAUUCAUUUGCAGUGCAACUUACAAAACUAAGUCGAUGUUCUUUUUUUUGGUGCAAUCUGAGCAAGGUGAUUUGUUCAAAAUAACUUUAGAACAUGAUGAAGAUGUGGUAACAGAGGUGAGAAUCAAGUACUUUGAUACCCUCCCUGUUGCAUCUGCCUUGUGUGUGCUGAAGACUGGGUUUCUCUUUGUUGGUUCAGAGUUUGGUAAUCACGCUUUGUACCAAAUCACUCAUCUUGGUGACGAUGAUGAUGAGCCUGAAUUCACCAGCACAAUGGCUGAGCAACUUGAGGAAGGUACAACUUUCUUCUUCCAACCAAGAGAAUUAAAAAAUCUGGUUCUUGUUGAUGAAAUGGAAAGCCUUUCCCCUAUCAUGCAUUGUCAAAUUGCAGAUUUAGCCAAUGAAGAUACCCCACAACUUUACACUGCUUGUGGAAGAGGACCAAGGUCUUCCCUUAGAGUGCUAAGGCACGGUCUUGAGGUCUCUGAAAUGGCUGUCUCUGAACUGCCUGGCAACCCAAAUGCAGUUUGGACUGUUAAACGCAGCUCUGCUGAUGAAUUCGAUGCUUACAUUGUUGUGUCUUUUGUUAAUGCAACUUUGGUGCUAAGUAUUGGUGAGACUGUUGAGGAGGUUACAGACAGUGGAUUCCUUGGUACAACGCCAACACUCACAUGCUCUCUUCUAGGAGAUGAUGCCCUUCUGCAGAUUUACCCAGAUGGCAUACGCCACAUCCGAUCGGAUAAGAGGGUCAACGAGUGGAAGACCCCUGGAAAGAAGAGUAUCAUAAAAUGUGCUGUAAACGAGAGACAGAUAGUUAUAGCACUUACUGGUAAUGAGCUGGUUUAUUUUGAGUUGGAUCAGGCUGGCCAGUUAAAUGAAUACACUGAGAGGAAGGAAAUGUCGGCUGACGUCGUGUGCAUGGCCCUCGGUCCUGUUCCAUCAGGAGAGCAGAGAUGUCGAUUUCUAGCAGUUGGCCUAAGUGAUGACACCGUGCGCAUUAUAUCGCUAGACCCAAAUGAUUGUCUGCAGCCAUUGAGUAUGCAAGCUUUGCCUGCGACAGCUGAAUCUCUCUGCAUAGUCGAAAUGGGUGGUGUUGAAACAGGGGAUAAAGUCGUUGGUGGUGGACUUUUCCUCAACAUUGGCCUAAAUAAUGGUGUACUCUUGAGAACCGUUCUCGAUUCAGUGACAGGAGAUUUGUCAGACACAAGGACCAGGUACCUUGGAUCCAGACCUGUCAAACUAUUCAGUGUACGCACAUAUGGGUCAAGCUCGGUAUUGGCAAUGUCGAGCCGAACAUGGCUCAGCUACACCUACCAAUCGCGGUUCCACUUGACUCCUCUUUCCUACGAAAUGCUCGAGUAUGCCUCUGGCUUUAUGUCGGAGCAGUGUCCCGAGGGCCUUGUUGCCAUUGCUGCCAAUACUUUGAGAAUUUUGGCCCUAGAAAAGCUUGGUGCAGUUUUUAACCAGAUCAGUACGCCCCUGAAGUACACUCCUCGAAAAUUUGCGAUUGAUGCUGAAAGCAGUUCGUUGGUAAUCAUCGAGACGGACCAUAAUUCUUUGACAGAAUCUGCAAAGCAGGACAGGAAGCAAAAAAUAGCAGAGGAAAUGGUCGAGGCUUGUGGAAACGACGCGGAGGCGCGUGAGGCAGAGGCACAGGUCGCUGCAAAUUUCUUGAAUCAAGAUUUACCUGAAAACCAGUUCGGUGCACCGAGAGGAGGCUAUGCCAAGUGGGCGUCGGUUAUCCGGGUGGUCAAUCCAAUUAAGGGUGAUGUGUCGGAAGUGAUUGAAUUGGAACAAGACGAGGCUGCCUUCAGCGUUGCCGUUGUUCAAUUCGCGGCUCGACCUGGAGAGACCUUCGUCGUCGUGGGAACUGCCAGUGGCAUGGUGCUCAACCCGCACACCUGCAACCAGGGAUAUCUGUAUACCUACAAAAGAACCGAAGAUGAAACAGGAAAUGUUAGGCUCCACUUUCUUCACAAGACGUCGAUCGACGAUGUGCCAGGUGCAGUCUGCGCCUUCCAGGGAAGACUUCUUGUUAGUAUCGGGCGCAUCAUUAGAAUAUACGACAUUGGUAAAAAGAAGUUGCUGAGGAAAUGCGAGAAUAAGAGAAUACCAAACUUCAUCAUCAACAUUUCAGUGACAGGAAAUCGCAUUGUAGUCCACGACAUACAAGAAUCCUUUCACUUUCUUCGUUACAACCCAAAGGACAAUAACCUGGUAAUCUUUGCAGAUGACACCAACCCAAGAUGGCUGACGUGUGGCUGCUCACUCGACUAUGACACCUACGCAGGAGCUGACAAAUUCGGCAACGUCUUUAUUGUCCGACUGCCUCCCGACGCAAGGGAUGACGUAGAAGAAGACCCUACCGGUGUCAAGGCACUUUGGGACCGUGGUCUACUGAAUGGUGCUUCGCAGAAGGUUGAAACUUUGGCCAAUUAUCAUGUGGGUGAAUCAAUUUUGUCACUGCAGAAGGCAACAUUGAUUCCUGGUGGAUCUGAGUCACUUGUGUACACGACGCUUGCAGGUGGAAUCGCCAUGUUGGUGCCGUUCACAUCUCGCGAGGAUAUCGACUUUUUCCAGCACUUGGAAAUGCAUAUGCGACAGGAGUACCAGCCUUUGUGCGGAAGGGACCACCUGUGGUUUCGAUCAAGUUACUUCCCCGUAAAGAACGUUAUCGAUGGUGAUCUUUGUGAGCAAUUCAAUUCAAUGGAAUAUAGUAAAAGAAAGACGAUUGCAGACGAGAUGGACCGCACCCCCGCAGAGGUUUCCAAAAAGCUUGAAGACAUCAGAACGCGAUUUGCGUUUUAAAGUCCCCAAGACUUGAAAGGUUCAAGGGCUGAAUGUUGGACCGACAACAAUUUGGCUGAUAUUGGUCAUUUUGGAUGGAACCCGAGACACGGAGGUUUCAAGCAAUUGACAUGCGGUUGUAAAAGGAGUGGUGUAUUUAAAAAAUGCAUUGUGGCGAUGUCACAGUAUUAAACAAUCACUCCAGAGGCUCAAACAUGGACUAUUUCAUAUGAACGCAGAGUUGUUAAAAUUCCUUUGGUAGCCCGUGCCUAUGCUCAAGCUGUAAUUAAUGCCAAAUUGGUGGGCCAAUUGUCACAAGACAACUGACGCUAAGAGAGGGAAGGCCUCUGCAUUGCAUUAGAUCAAUUCACUCAGUAACAUUUGAUUGAUAUGUAUAAAGUAGGCUUUGUAUUUGUAUAAACUGAAAUUCGGCUAGA